AUGAAGAUGAAGCUAUUCACCACGAAGAUGAAGGAGGAGGAUUCAGUGAUGAGCCACAUCGCUGAAUUCAAGAAGAUCGUCGCCGACCUAGUGUCGAUGGAGGUGAAGUAUGAUGAUGAGGACUUAGGUCUUUUACUGCUAUGUUCUUUGCCAAAUUCGUAUGCAAAUUUUCGUGACACCAUACUUUUGAGCCGUGAUGAACUAACCCUAAAGGAAGUUUAUGAGGCUCUCCGAUCUAGGGAGAAGAUGAGAGGCAUGGUGCGAGAAUGA